CGAUCCUGUUUUCAAGAAGCGGGUAUAUGAAAGUCCGAAAAUGUCAAGUCUCAGCUCACGAAGUUCUCGCCGCAGGGGUGCAACAAACGAUGAACAGUUGUCAGGUGACCUGUUAAGUGCUGGGACCACGUUUGAACGAACUGGGGAAUCAAGUCGUACACGUGGGAGAACACGGCGUAAUCGGUCAGGACACACCGAGCCUACAAGCAAUGCAGAACCCACAUCCGGUCUUCGUACAUCCGAAGUGGAGCCGGGUAGUCCUUUAUCAUACAGCGAUAUGUCUAGUGUGGCGACUGGGGUCGAAGAUGUUUUGAGUUCAGUUCGACCUGGUGUCAAUGAUGAACUGGCUGUUCGUGCUGUUUUGUCUCAAUCUGGACCUCUUGUUCCCGCAACAGGUGUCCCUGGUACUACUGAUGGGUCGACUGCUAGUGGACCUCAGACUGUAAUAUGGGGUACCGAUGUAAACAUUGCUCAAGUGAUGUCAAGAUUUAAACACUUCCUAUUGACCUACAUCCCUCCAGACUUAACCGGUCAACCGAAUCUAACAACAGGUCAACCCAUAAAUCCACAAAGACCUCUUUAUAUCCAACGAAUGGAAGAUCUUGCAAUAUCAGGUUCGACUGCCUUAGACAUUGACUGUGAACAUCUUCGUUCUGCCAGGCCAGAUUUGUAUACGCAGUUGGUAACAUUUCCGAAGGAAGUUAUUCCAGCAUGUGAUGCUGCUACACACGCCUUAUUUUUAGACCGUUUUCGGGAAGUCCAGUUGGAAAGAUCAAUACAGAUUCGUCCAUUCAAUUGUGCAAGAUCUCGAGAUCUACGCAGUCUCGAUCCAGAUGAUCUUGAUCAACUUGUAACUGUCUCUGGUCUUGUAAUACGUUUAUCCCCGCUCAUCCCUGAAAUGAUGCGUGCAGAGUUCAAAUGUGCCAUCUGUGGUGCAAUGACAUCUGUUCCAUGUGAACGUGGUCGUAUUGCAGAACCAGAAGCGUGCAUACGUUGUCAUUCGGCUCACACAGCUCAACUACAACAUAAUCGAUGUUUAUUUGUGGAUAAACAAAUGAUCAAAUUACAGGAAUCUCCAGAAAAUAUGCCUGCUAGCCAGACUCCUCAUACAGUACUUAUGUAUGCUCACGAAGAACUUGUUGAUAAAAUUCAACCGGGUGAUCGUGUUAUCGUUACGGGUAUUUAUCGUGCAAUACCACUGCGAAUGUCUAACCGACAACGUACUCUUAAGGCGGUUUACAAAACAUAUAUAGAUGUUCUUCAUUUUCUCCGAGAAGGUGAUGAUCGAGUUCAAAAUGAUGGGCUCGCUACUGACGAAAAUACUUCUAUUGAGGAAGCACAUAUUUUACGUCAAUUCACGGAGGAACGUAUUGAAGAAUUUCAUACAUUGGCUCGUAAACCUGAUUUAUAUGAACGACUUGCUGCUGGUAUCGCACCAACAAUUUAUGAAAACGAAGAUAUUAAAAAGGGUAUUCUCCUACAAUUAUUUGGUGGUACACGUAAAGACUUCAGUGCUAAAGGACGUGGUGAUUUUCGUUCUGAAAUCAAUAUACUUUUAUGUGGUGACCCAGGUACUUCAAAAUCUCAACUUCUGCAGUAUGUAUACCGUCUUACUCCUCGUGGUCAAUAUACUUCUGGCAAGGGAAGUUCUGCUGUUGGUUUAACGGCCUACAUUACAAAAGAUGCAGAAACGCGUCAAUUAACACUGCAAACUGGAGCAUUAGUGUUGGCUGAUAAUGGGAUAUGUUGUAUCGACGAAUUCGACAAAAUGUCCGAUUCAACUCGUUCUGUACUACACGAAGUAAUGGAACAACAAACUUUAAGUAUUGCUAAAGCUGGUAUUCUUUGUCAACUUCAUGCUAGGACUUCAAUUUUAGCAGCUGCUAAUCCAAUCGGUUCUAAAUGGGAUCCUAGCAAAACGAUUAUUGACAAUAUACAGUUACCUCAUACUCUUCUAUCAAGAUUCGAUCUCAUUUUUCUCAUAUUGGAUCCACAAGAUGAAGUUUAUGAUACAAGAUUAGCCAGACAUUUGGUUGGGUUGUAUUAUCGUGGUACUACUCCAAGUCAGAUUGAUAGCAGUCAGGAUAUUCCAACCAACAGUAAUAAUAAUACUCGAGGUACACGUAGACCGCGUCCAGGAGCUGUUCUACUGGACAUGGAUAGUCAAACUGAUGAUGACCCAUCAUUUGUAAACGGGAGACUCUUGAAGGAUUAUAUAGCCUAUGCUAAGGUAUUCAUUGUUGUACCACUUACAAAUUUUAAUCCUUAAGGUAGACACAGUCAACUUUCAGUGAAAUUUACCCGAAACAUUUAAACAGAGAGGCCUUGUAUUAUGAAUAAUAAUGAGUUCAAAUAGAAAAUCUGUUUUAAUAAUUCUAUGCUUACCUUAACAAUGAAGUACUUUCCCAAACUAACGGAAGAAGCCGGUGAAUAUUUAGUUCGUGAGUAUGUAGAAAUGCGAAAACUGGGUUCAGGUCGUGGACAGGUAACUUAAUGAUUACUUUAUUGCAUCACCACUUUUUCAUGUCAUCAGUGUUGUAUCAGUUAACUUAUAUACUUUUAAAGACUACAAUACAAAAUAAUUUUUUAUCACAGGUCCUCUAAAUAUUGAUUCUUAUUAUCGGCCGUUUUGGCGAUUGCUGAAUUUCAUAGUUCACAUCAUGGACUGAUCUUACUUAAACAACCACUAGAAAACAGGACACAUUCGAAAGCUGUUUUGUCUUAGUGUGGGGCUCCUUAGAAAUGUAAACCCACCAUUUUGCUGGGGAUCUGACCCAGAUCUCGAGGUUAGUACUGCUGAAAAGUCCCAUGUUUGGACUGGUUUUCAAUAGUUGUCUGACUAUGAUUAGUUCGUGGUGUAAACUAAAAAUAUCGAUUUCCCACUUGUUUUAACAGUUAGUUACAGCUUUUGUUGUUAAGAGAGAUGCAAAAAACUAGGAGAACAUGUUAAGAUCAAUACUACUCCUUGGCUUCGUUUUAACUUGGAAUUAUUCUUAAAAAUCAUCACAUGUUCAGGUCGUAUAGCCCCGUUCAUCAAAGGCUAUUUCAAAGUUUGGAUUUUUAAUCCUCCUACAUUGGUUGGAGUUCUUGUUCCUUGAAGUUCUGUUAUUCCAAACAGGUCAACGGGAUGGCAGUGAAACCAAAGUAACAGAUAUACAGUCUGCUGUACUUGUACUGCCAACGGUACUUGGGUUUAACAGCAGUAUGAUGUUUCGUGCGGACAAUAAACGUGUCCAUCCAUGAUAUCUUUUCACAAAUGAAAGUGGGGUUAAAAUCUGAACUAUAAGACUAAAACACUUCACCUUAUCCCACAAAUUUCCGUCACCUGAGGUAGGAUCUGAAAAGUAGGAAGCUAAUACAUUUGCAACUUCUCACAAAGGCCAGUGCAUUACCAGCCUAAAGCCUCUGCGUUCAUGUUCUUAGUUUAUCAAGAUCACCCUUUACCCAGUUUUCUUUCCAGAUAGCUUUAGAAAAAAUAUCCUUCUACUAUUCAGACAACUGUCAAAUGACAUUCACUUACAUACCUUUAACAAAAUCCAAGCUCAUUCUAUUCAUGUUUUAAAAAUAGGUCUAUAAAAUUUAAUACGCAGAACUCAAUUUCAACCGGUGUUUGUUGGUGGUAUAUGUGCAUGCUGUUCUGAUAGCCUCGAUAUAACCAUUUUAUCACCGUUUUUAUAGAAUAAGUAGAUUGUGGCUAGCAGUUAAAUCUAAGACGCACGUUUCAUCUUACUUGGAUCUCGUCAUUUGGAUGUGCCUACAUCCUACUGUUGAUGCUAAUAUACUGACUCGAACCCCUACAAAUAAAUACCAUAUCCUUUAAAUAGGUUAGUUGGAUUAUGAACCCAGUAGCUCAAUAGAUAAUGAGUUAGUGUUUAAAUCAGACGGCAUUAAGUUCGUUUUCGGGAGUGCAAAGUGACACUGGGAUGCAGGCAUAUUCAGCUGACGAAUGCCAAAAUAAAAUGAAAUGUACAUCCCGCAUUCCAUUUUUAGCUAUAAUCAAUUUAUCGUUUAAAUGUGUAGAGUUGUUUUAGAAACAGAUUACCAAAGUUUUAAAGGCUGUAAGUUAUUCAAAUUUACAAUAUUUAUCCAAAAAUAUUGAAACAGUUUUGAUGAAUUCUACUCCCACUUACACCUUUCAUCCCUCAUGUAGAAGCAUAGCCGCCCACCAGAUGUUUUUGUGACUUGGAUCGCCUGAUCUACUAAGGGGGAUGGGACAGUGCGUGUGUGACAAGUCUUCUUAUUGAACACUUGAAUCGGUUUCCUAAGCUCUUUAAUAACCCAAGGCUAAAUUUACACGAGAAAAACGGCGCGUAAUGUGAAAAAGGUCUUUACUCCAAGGUUAGGCUAUGUACAGAAAAUCGAGAGUACUUAUGGUAUUUCAGAUGGCCUUAGGCUUCUGAAACCAUACUAAACAUAGUAGCAGGACAGAUCACCAUCCAAUUAGAAAUGUGACUCGCGAAUCUUCACUUUCUGUAUGUGUCCGAGAAACUUCUGUUCAACGAUGAUUAGAUAAAAUGUUUCCUGGGAUUUCCGGGCCGUUCUGGAUUUUUUCGAGAAAUACUUGGUAUCUCUUCAACAGUGUGCAAAGUUCAAGGAUAGUUGUGUGCUAUAUGCAUACAAUCUACCCCGUUAUUGUUCCUAACUUGACUUCCAGUCUAAUACAAAAAUAAUAAUUAUUAUAAUUUCAUAUAACUUACUUCAUACCUGAUAAGACGAACACAAGUUUUAAUAUCACUAUGUAUUAUACUGUAAUAAACUUUGCUAUUCUCACCAUUAGUCUAUCUAGUUUAACUUAUAAGGUAUACAUAAGACUUUCUUAUGCUGUAUUAUUACAUUUCCAUUCUAUUUCAUUCUCAGAAUAUAUUACAAAAUUGAAAUGAAUUUGUUUUGUUUUCUUAAUCUCAUCUAUUCUUGUAAUUAACUCUUAUAAUUUUCAUAUUUAUUGUUAUUAAUACCAACCUUAUAAGAUAUCCGCAUAUCCUCGUCAACUUGAAUCACUUGUACGUUUAGCUGAAGCUCAUGCUCGUUUACGAUUAUCAAAUCAUGUUACGGCUGAUGAUUGUCGUGAAGCUCGACGUUUACAACGUGAAGCGUUAAAACAAGCAGCUAUUGAUCCGCUUACUGGUACUAUCGAUAUCAAUAUUUUGACAACAGGUAUCAGUAGUAGUGUACGUAAACGACGUGAAGAAAUGGCAAUGGCAAUAUGGUCACUUCUUGAAGAACGUCCUCGUGUAUUAACUUUUGUUUAUUCACGUGUACUAGAAGAUUUACGUGCACGUUCUGAACGUAUGAUUACACGUGAAAAUUUUGAAGAUGGAUUAAAUUUCUUAAAAAAUACAAAUAAAAUUGAUUGGGCCGGAAAUACUAUACGUAAACGUUAGAAAAACAACAACUUUUAAUUGUCUUUUUUUGUAUGCAAUUGUUUUCUAUUCGAAAAAAAACUACAACAACAAAAGAAAAAAACCUUUACAGUGCAGAUUUUCGUAUUUUUUGUAUUUUUGUUUGUUUGUUUAAAUAAAGUGUUUAUUACCUUAGAUAA